ACUGCUAAACAAUCUGCGAACUUCGCGAUUGCGCCGAUCGGGUUACGCUUCGAAACGAAACACAAAAAAUGGGGUUAAUUUUUAUUAGAAACUAGGGAUUAAAAAAUAAGGUUGCUUGAAAUUCUAAACCAGGACAGCACUAAACUUAAAAAAAGAGUGUAAAGAAAACAAUUUAAAACAAAACAUACAGCUCGCCAUUUUUAAAGGCACUGACGGGAGCCUGAUGAGGUGGUCGAGUUCGCCGGCAGAAUGGACGAUCAACGUUGACAUGGUUUUUGAAAUAAUACGGUUGCAGUCAUUCAUUAUUCGUGAAUGAAUCGUGCCUGGAAAUCGCGUUCAGGUGGUGACCAAGUCAACAAACAAAAUGUCUACGGCGUUUUGCGAAGAUGGGUCGGCGUUGGACAGCAACGGGUUCGAAGAUUGUGAAUCCCUGGAUCAACGCGUUCAGUUUGAGCUGGAGCGUCUGAACACGGCCACCGAUCUCAUAAACAAGCUGGAAAUUGAACUGGAUGAGGCACGGUCCAACUUUCGCCUGCUCCUCUCCGAGUCUUCCCAGAAGAUCAACCAGCUUGCCAAGAAGCUGGGUAGCCAUGUGGAGAAGGCCAGGCCAUACUACGAGGCGCGCAUGAGGGUAAAGGAGUUGGAAGAGGCGGCACGCAAGGCGUCGUUGCGGCACGAGCGGGCCAGCCUGGCUCACGGGACGGCCAGGCAGAUGGUGGCUCUGGCCGAGGAAGGUUUGCGCCACCGGGGCACGUCUUCCCUAGACCCAGUCUUUCAGGAGAUGCUCAACCAGGCCACCAUCAGGGUGAACGAGGCGGAGCGUGAGCGUGUGCAGAGCGGCCUUGAGCAGGGCCGGCUUUGGCAUGCCUGCCGGGGACAGCAGCAGGCUGUGCUCGACCUCCACCUAGCACUCAAGAAGUCCAUCGUCAAGGCAAGUUUAUCGGCACGCACAAGUAUGCUGCAGCUUAACAAUUUAGCAAACCAGCAUGAGCUUCAGUUGCUACCAUACUUUGAAAUGAAGGCACGGCUCAAUGAAGCACUUGAGGAGCAAAAGAAGCGGGUGUUCCAGAUGGAAGAGGAUGUGAUGCGCGUCAAGUUCUCCUAUACGGAGGCCCUGCACAACCUGGAGGAGAUCAGUGACCAGAUGCACCAGAGUCGGCUGAUGGGAAGCAGCAGCGGGAGCAGUGAGCUCAGCGGAGGGGAGCUCAGCAGCAACAGCGAGGCCGGUGGCAGCCACACUGGCUGCACCGUUGGUCCACAUCGUCUAGUCAAGUCCUCCAGUCUCUCCAGCUCUGAGAUGCUGAAAAUUUAUGAGGACAUCUGCAAUGAUGAGAUGUACCGGAAACUUCCCGAACCUCAACGGGUCAUUCCAAGGCGGCCCCCGGGGAUCCGGAGAGCGUUCUCAGAGGAGGAACGUGGAACAGCAGCUUUAUACCACCGCACCACGGAACCACUUCGGGGCCUGGUCUCCUCGUUGGUGGACCGGGUUUUCACUGCAAGGCAGGCCAAGGUUCCAGAACCGAAAGCAUCCUCAACUCCUCUCGCAAAUGACCGGGUGACCGCAGUGUCUGCAGUGCCUCCUCUGAAGCAGCUUGUAGCCAACGUCGUGGACCGCAUGUUUCCAGAAGCUUCGAGCGACCACGACCCUUCUCGCGACAAACAUCCCCAAACGGACGAGUCUGCCUUACCCUCAGCAUCGAGUGUUCCACUGGCGACACUGGAAGAUCUCUCCCCAAUGGUGAUGCUGGACAUUGAGUCAUCCUUGGCAAGAGCUACUCAGGGCCUGUGCCUGGACAUGAUCACUCCACGGCUGCAGCCCGUCGAAGAGGGCUCGGACACAGACAGUCUCCUGAGUACAGGGACCGGAGGCACGCUAGACGACCGGCAGAUCGACUGUCUGCUUCUAGACCGUGUCCUUGAGGGCGACUACCAAGACGUUCUCAACUCCUUUAAAGAGUCCAACUUGUAGAAGCCCGCUCCCAGGAAACUAUGUUUGCUUGUGCACAAAGCCUAUGCAUGUGUUAGACCAAAUGCAGCUAAGAUUGAGUUGUGUGGUAAGAGAGGAUGGCAGUUGCAGUUGUACCAUGAUAAGUGUAACCUCUAUAGUAAGUGAUGGGUUAUGAACCCAGUAAGUGCUCCGCCUAAAGUGCGAGCUCUCUGCCUUUGACAAUACUUCAUUGUACGCUCAGGCAAAGCCCGGUGGAAAGCAAUGAGCAUAUGAUGGAGGCAGAGCUUCUACUGUUUCCUUAACCUGUUACCAACUAUAGUAGCUUCUCAGCCCCUUUAAAGGAGCGGUGCAACGAUAUUCAAUUGGAAUGUUUUUCACUUUACACAAGCUUACUGGCACUAUUGGGACUCAAGGAUGCUCGCACGCAACGCCACUGGCCAAGAAACUCCUUUGUUGCGGUGUAAUUUCAAGGACAAAAGCGAUCAUUUUCAUUCAAUCUCUCCUUUGCAAAAUUUGAUGACGUAACGUGGGGAUUGCAGUACACCCCAAUGAUGAUAUUUGAAUGCGGUUCAUAGAUUGGACCCGAGAAUUGCGUGAGCACUCGAUUUGGGCUCGUGAUAAUUACUAGCUCGAGAAGCAUUCGGGUCGUGGCCCGUGUCCAAUCGCUGCAACGACGACUGUAGCCAAGCCAUAACAAUGUCGGGAACUCAGCGCGUGUCCUGUACUUUGCCAACCCCAGCACGUGGCUAUGAUCAACAUUGGUGGCAUAUAAUCGGCUCCAGAUCACGUGGCCGCUUGUUCUGGCUGAGAGUUGAGGGGUUGAACGCUGCUCGGUUUUCUUUAAUUUUUUUUCUGGGACUUCAAUUGCGGGGUGAAAAACGAAUUCGUGUUUCAUAGGUCGUUAACGUAAGGGAUCCAUUCUGAGCGGUAUUUGCGCAAAGUACAAAAAUUGUUGCACUGCCCCUUUAAGCAGUUGAUUGGAUUGUAUGAAAUAUUAUUGUUUCGAUUUCCUGACAAAUGUUUUCCUAAUGAUGUAAUAUUUAUAUGUUUUGGGAAAAUGGGACUAUAGUCUUGCUGGAGAUAUUGUGAGACAGCAAAGUGAGACAUGAUGCAUAGGUUUUGGUAAUACUUUAUAAAAGGUAGGUCUAGUCAGAAACCUGAUAUUUUAUUUUCAAUUGAAUAUUCCUUUCAGACCGGAUUGAAACUUCCACAAAGUACCUUAUUCCUCGCAAGUUUAGCUUGCUCAUACUCUUUUUGUUUCAACACUUUUCCAGGUACUUUCCUGUUCAUUUGUUGGUUGAAAGCAUAUUCAUAUCUGCUUAACAUUUCUACACAAUCAAUUACAUCAAUGAUUUUAACAACUGCUUCCUGAAUAGUUCAAACUCUAAUUGGUUUGCAAGAUUUUUUGUGAGACUCAUUUAGGGCAAAUGCAAUUUAUGGCAAGUCUUCGGCCAAAUCAGAAUAUGUAAUUAAAAGUAUGCUACAUUCUACGAUGAAAAGAAUAAAAGAUGUGCUAUAUAGUAUUCAAAAUUUACA